AUGCCGAAGGAAGCAACUCUCUCCCCCCUCUCUCUCUCUCUUUCUCUCACUCUCUCUCUCUUUCUCUUUCUCUCUCUCUCUCUCUCUCUCUCUCUAUCUACUUUAAUCAAUCUUUCUUUCUCCCCAUUCUCUCCUCUCUCACCCCCUCUCUCUCUAUCUCUCUCUCUCUCUCUCUCUCUCUCUCUCUCUCUUUCACUUAUUUCUUACAUUUCCUUUCACGUUUUUCUUACUCUCUUCAAUUAUAACUUUAAUUUUUCUAUCUUCUUUCCUCUUUCUUUCUUUCUUUCUUUCUUUCUUUCUUUCUUUUCAUUUGAUUAUUUAGACUUGUUUGCCUAUUCCUUCAUAUAUUUAAUAUACUUUCUUUUCCACACUCACUGUUUUCUAUUCUCCUCAUUCUUUUUAUCUUUCUUUAUGUUUUCCUCUUCAACCCUUUCUUCUCUAAUUGGCUCCUAUAAUUAUCCCCCCCCUUUUCUCCCAUUUAUCUUUUCCUUCUCCGUUCCUGAUGUUUUUACUGCCUUACUCGAAUUAUUAGAUGUUCCUCAAUUACUCAGAUUUAUUUAA